GUUUGCGUAGCCAAGGACCUUGCGUCUCAGCUGACGGCUUUGCCCGCUGGAUUUCGGUGAUUGUUGCAGGACUCUUGCCUUCUCUGCACAGCAAAGUACGCUCGAAGAGCUGGUGCAGCCUCAGUAGAAAAGUUGGCUGUUUUCCUGCUGUUUCGUGCGGUUGUGGCGCCGGAGUUUCACCGCUCUGUUGGUUUGCUGUACGUGUUUACACGAAACCUGGGAUGCUGGCAAUUGUGCUGCUCCUUGCUACCAUGAAUGGUUCACCACAGGUUCACCACCAUGUCAGUUGUCCUUACCACAAGGUUGACGUUUGCCUGCCUUGAUCCUCUGAAGAGAACUGCUAUGUACGUGAAGGAACAAGACAGCCGCGCUUUACCAAAAGUCCGGCACCGCAACAGAAAUUUGAGCAGUGCAGUGACGAAGUUGUUUCAUAAUACAGCGCCUCAUGGUGCCAGGUGCUCGAUCUUUGGUGCUUGGUGCUAGAGCAGUGUCUGACCUAAAGGUAUGGGUGAUAUUUGACGUUCAUAGCCCGCCGACAGGAUGUCUGCGAGUUACCAUCGUUGUUCAGCGAGAGUGCUGUGGUCGUGUGUGGAGUGUAAUGGACCGCAGAGUGUUUGAACAGUGUUUGGAGAGAAGCGGAAGCGGGAACAUGGCGCUACACUAAGGGGACGUGGAGUGCCAAAACAGUGUUGCCCUAGCAGUGCUCUUCAGUAGCGUAAGACAAAGGGGUCGUUGCCUCAAAAGACUUAUCUUGUGAAGCGUCUAGAAGGCUUCGACAGAGUUCUUCAAAGGCUCCUGGUCCACCCAACGGGCUUGGUGAAAAAAUCACGUGCCAUUCCACUGCUGUGAAGGUGGAUUACCAGCAAAGCAGUUGAGCACACGACAUAGAGGUGACACAGAACUUAGAUCAAAGGUGUUGUCCGUGAACAAGAGUACCUGUUCCCAAGUCCUGAGAACCAACGAGAGCAGACGGGGCAAUCGGAAGUGCGGGCCAACGCAGGCAGGAGCAGGAGCGUCUGGCAAAGGAGAGCCUUUGACUACGGGCUUAUUGCAGCGGACGCGCUGGUCACAUUUCUUGUGUUGUUCGUUCUUUUAAUGAUAAUAGCUAGAUAUUCCACAAAGAAGACAGGCGAAAGUAUGAGCAAAGAAAAAGAGGAAGGCAAUGAAGUAGGCGAAAUUACAUCGAUGCCAAUGCUACGCAACAACAGCAGCUGCAAAAUUGAAGUGACUGAAAUUCUAACGACAAUAUCUGCGGAAUUAGAUCCCUGUGACGACUUUUACCAAUAUGUAUGUGAUGGAUGGUUGAAGGCACAUUCCAGUGAGCCUACCAGUGUGCUGAACGAGGAGAAGAAAAAAUCAAUCUCCUCUGUGAUCGAGAAACUACGCAACGCUAACGCGCCCACCGGCAACGAAACAGCUUUCGAGAAAGCGGCACGCUUGUUUCAGUCCUGCGUAGCCUUUGUCGACAUAGGUGGUCGCUUUGAACGAGACCUUAAGGAUGACAUCAUCGAUUUCCUGAGCGACCACGGGGCAUCUCUCGCCCCCCAGUCGGCCAUGAAUGCCGCUCAUAUAAUGCUUCAUUUUUCGUUCAACUACCGACUACCCACACUUUUUACCACAAAGAUCAAAACUAGACUCAAUUCAUUCUCUAUGGAGGGAAAUUUUUCCUACAUGCGGCUCUAUAUGCUACCGUAUUUUAAUAGGAGCGAACUGCUUACUGUGGACGCUAUUAGGGAACACCUCACCUGGCUUGGUCUGAGUUACCAGAGCAAGAGUCAACUGGUCACAAAUAUAAAAUCUGUAGAUGACUUCCUGUCCAAUAUUGGCAAGAAUUCUGCUGGUGACUACAGACCAGGAGAGAAAAAUAUGGUGCUGUACCCUUUGAAAGAGUUCGAGAACAGAAUAACAUCUAAAGGUGACGAGGCCUGGAACAGGUACCUAAAUCACACCACGUAUGGACUACUGCCCGGUAGAUACUACGUAAUGCUGCCCCGAUAUUUGGAAUCAUUCCUCAUUCAUGUGUAUCGAAAGGUUAAUAACUACGCCCUGGGCAUUUGGAUAAGCUUUCAAGUCUCUCGACAGUUGAGACAAAUGGUUUCAAACAGUAGCACCACCGAGAGACAGGAGCACUGUUGGAACCUUACAACGCAAGCAGUGCGCACCGCGGCAUACUAUGUACACUAUUGUUCAGCGGUGGCGAAUACCACAAUUUCUCAAGCGCAAGACAUGGUUAGGAGAAUCGAGGAUUCCCUGCGCUCGAAAAUUGCACAGUCAACUUGGUUAGACCAUGAAACGAAACGUAUUGCACUGAACAAGCUGUCGCGCAUGAGGAAAGUAGUUGGGUAUCCAGAAUGCGCAAAGAACAAAGAGUUAUUGAACAAAUUUUAUGAGUCACUUAAUAUUGAGGAGUCUUCUUUUGUGAAAGACUGGCUCAAGGCUUUGAACUUUGAAACUCUGAGGCUACUGCGAUGGCAUGCAGGCCAGCUCUCUACAUUGGACAUCAGUGGAGAUCUGUUAGCUGCACAAGGCUUCUAUUAUCCCUAUAUCAACACCAUGAGCCUAAACGUGAAUCUCCUUGCCUCGCCUUUCUUUGGGGUGAGUCCAGCUAUAGACUACGCGGCAGCGGGACAUUUUGCUGGUCACGAGAUGAUGCAUGCGUAUGAUGUGCUCAGCUGGCGUCGCGAUGACAACAACGUCGAGCGGGAAUGGUGGAGCAACGAAUCAAACGCAGAGUAUGAGAGGCGCGUCGUGCACGUCCGUACUUUCUACAAACCGGGAGAGAGCUACUCGGAACGGCCCGACGACUGGAAUGACUCGGAACUUCUCGCCGACUUCGGUGCACUUCCGGCAGUCUACGCCGCCUACCUCAAAGCUAAAGAUCUGUCUGGGAACGCAUUGGAAAUGAAUGGAUUCCACGGAUUUACCAGUGACCGGCUAUUCUUUAUAUCCAGUUGCUACAAAUUCUGCUCAAUUUUGCAGCCCAGCGACCGGUACCCGAAGUUCCGCGCUAGAUGUAAUGUACCCCUAAAGCACAUGGCAGAGUUCUCGGCAGCCUUCGGGUGUAGCAACGGAACAGCGAUGAAUCCAAGCAAGAAGUUUUCCUUCUGGUGAAUAAGGAUGAUGAUGAUAUGCAAUGGCAGGCUGUGCAAUGCUCCUUAGCUCGCUUGCGGCGCAAUACUUCUUGUAAAAAUCACAAUGCCCAACGGGCUAUUGUUGACCAAGAGAAAAGCAGACAAUAAAUACCGAAGUUAGAAGUCACAGUUCCAGCGAUUGGAACUGCAUAAUUUACCGAGACUUCAUGCCGCGGACCAGUUGUUUGUUAAGAUGUUUCGGAAUUUUCCACACGUCGUGGCACAGCAUGCCAGGUCCGCACCUCUCGAGUCUACCGCGUAAGGCUGAUUACAUCACUAGGGUCAUAUACGAUCAGCUUUCAAAUAAUUUGAGAGCAUCAUUCACACACUUAGGACAGUGACUUUAAAAAUAGCAGAUGUCAUAAACUUGCGUACUAUUGUGAUGCUGAAAUGCCGAGUUUCUGAUAUGUCGCUGUGAUAUUUUAUUAUAAAACGUUUACUGCCAAAUUUUGACAAGAAAGCGUUAAUGAAAUUGAGUUCCGGCCAAAUACUGUAAUAAGGUUGUCUAGUUAGUGUCACAACGCACGUGUUAUAUAUUAUUGCCUACAUCUAGUGCAUUUACAGUAUUCUGAGUUACGUGUACUAAUGAUUGCUGCAGUAAUUUACUAUAAUUUUGUGUUAAUAUAAUUCUGAAGAAGGCAGAGGCCGCUACUUUUUGUUAUUGUUUGAAUGGUGUUUUGCUGACAAAUGCGUCUCAUUCCACCGUGGUCUCAUUCAGAGUACCUUGCUGCCAUUUUCACAAACGUAAAAUGCCUUUCUCGAGUCAACACGUAUGUACUGAAGCAGCUAAAUGUUAAGUUACACCUGCCAACCUAUGAGCUUUAAAAAUCGUAAAAUCUCGCAUCGCGGCACUUAGAGCGGAAGGUUUGAUAGUUGCACUUUCGUUUCUUUAAUGCUUGCGCCGAACCCAGGCCUUUUCAGGGAGACAUAUGCAUUUUCUUAACGAUCAUUUACAUUGAGGCAGAACACAAGGAGCAGCAAGCUUGCAACAGCGGAAAUUGACAAGCAACAUAUUGUUUUAGACCACAGUGACUUUCUCAGCGAAUCUACUUGGGUUGAUUUCGCCUUCUUAAGAAAAUUGUUUAUAUAAACCUCCUCGAAGCAAGUACCCCUGGCGUCGCUUCAGAGUUAGAUUACUUAUAACGCAAAGUUCGAGGACCGAUGAGUGGAUCUUUUUCGCGAACAGAAUUUAUUUUUCGUAGGACUUGAUGGAAACUUGGAAAAUCGUAAAAGUACAUAUUCAUAAAUGUCAAAAAAAUUCGAAAAGGUUGGCAGGUAUGGUUAAGCUGCUAUAGAAUACGUAUGAACUGAAACACUUCAAGUUCAGGUGCUGACUCCGUACUGUACCAAAGCAUUCGCCACAGUAAUGGCACU